CCGGGCUCUCUCACCGGGCUACCUGUCUCUUUUUCAGUCUUACCUCGGGUUCCCGUCGGUGCUCCCUCGUCUCUGUGUGUUUUUAAGCCCACCUUCCUGCGGUUUUCUUCUUUUGGUUGGCUAAAAAAGACAGAUCUUUUCUGCUGGUUUUCAUGUCUGUCUGGCUUACCAGGAGGAGGAGAAGGACCACGGUUCUAUUUUGCACUGGGUUUUGAUCAUCUUUUCUUCUUCUUCUUCUUCUUGGGUGCUCCAUUUGGACAGCUAUAGGACAGCCGAGCAGAGCAGAGCUUGGAUGAGCCGCCUCGCUGAAAUCCCGAGAUGGAGUUGCUGCUGAUCUGCCUUUCCCUGUGGAUAUUGCAAUGCAAUUCGGCCAAAGCGGACUCCAUCAUACAUAUUGGUGCCAUAUUUGAGGAAAAUGCUGUGCGAGACGAUGAGAUUUUCCAACUUGCCAUCUCAGACCUGAGUCUGAAUGAUGACAUUCUGCAGAGCGAGAAAAUCACACACUCUGUGAAACUUAUCGAGCCUAACAACCCCUUCCAGGCUGUGCAGGAAGCCUGUGAGCUAAUGAACCAGGGGAUCCUCGCUCUGGUCACAUCCACAGGCUGCGCGGCCGCAAGUGCCCUACAGUCCCUGACGGAUGCGAUGCACAUCCCCCACCUAUUCAUCCAGAGAAAUGGCGACGGAGGUCCCCGUACUGCCUGCCAGUUCAACCCUAGCCCAGAUGGAGAGAGCUACACCUUGGCGGCCCGUCCACCUGUUCGGAUCAAUGACGUCCUGCUCACCCUGGUCUCAGAACUGCAUUGGCAUAAGUUCAUCAUCUUUUACGAGAGCGACUACGAUAUCCGAGGUUUACAAACCUUUAUGGACCAGGCAUCUCGGCUGGGUCUGGAUGUUUCUUUGCAGAGGGUCGACCGCAACGUCAGCCGUGUCUUUACAGAUCUCUUCAACACAAUGCGAACUGAGGAGCUAAACCGAUACCGGGACACACUACGGCGGGCUGUGUUGCUCAUGAGCCCUCGAGGUGCACAGGUGUUCAUUCACCAGGCUGUGGAAACCAACCUGGCAUCCAAGGACAGCCACUGGGUCUAUGCCAAUGAGGAGGUGAGUGAUGCAGACAUCAUGGAGCUGGUUCAUAGCUCUCUGGGCCGGAUGACCAUCAUUCGUCAGAUCUUCCCUUUGUGGAGAGACACCAACGUGCGCUGUAUGAGAAACAAUCAUCGCAUCUCGUCCCUGCUGUGUGACCCACAGGAGGGUUAUCUGCAGUCCCUGGAGGUGUCCAAUCUGUACCUGUACGACAGUGUUUUGAUGCUUGCGAACGCCUUCUACAGAAAACUGGAGGACAGGAAGUGGCACAGUAUGGCUAGUCUGAACUGCAUGAGGAAGUCCACCAAGCCAUGGAACGGAGGAUGGUCGAUGCUGGACACCAUCCAAAAGGGACGGAUCAGCGGCCUGACAGGACUGAUGGACUUCCGCGCUGAGGGCUCAAACUCCCAUGUGCAGUUUGAGAUCCUUGGAACCAGCUACAGUGAGACAUUUGGCAAAGAUGUGAAACGGCUGGCAUCGUGGGACUCCACGCGUGGUUUGAAUGGUAGCCUGAAGGAGAAUCGGAUAGAGAGUGGUAUGCAGGGAGUGACGCUCAAGAUUGUAACAUUACUGGAGGAGCCUUUUGUGAUGGUGGCAGAGAAUAUUCUAGGCCAACCAAAGAGGUACAAAGGUUUCUCAAUUGACGUCCUAGAUGCUCUGGCCAAGAUCCUAGGCUUCAAGUAUGACAUCUACCAAGUAGGGGAUGGAAAGUACGGCUCAGUUCUCCCUAAUGGAUCCUGGAAUGGAAUGAUUGGAGAACUUAUUGGCAAGCGAGCUGACCUGGCCAUCUCAGCCAUCACUAUCACCCCUGAACGUGAGAGUGUGGUGGAUUUCAGCAAGCGCUACCUGGACUACUCAGUGGGAAUCCUGAUGCGCAAGUCUGAGGAAAAGAUCAACAUUUUCUCUCUGCUGGCACCGUUUGACCUGGCAGUGUGGGCAUGCAUUGCUGCAGCCAUCCCUGUCGUGGGCAUCAUGAUCUUCCUGCUCAGGCGUAUCCAGGCUGUGCGCUGCCAGAACAAUGCAGGAGGCCAUCCACCGCCUUCUGUGUCCACAUCGCUUCAGAGCGCCAUCUGGAUUGUCUACGGCGCUUUUGUGCAACAAGGCAGUGACUCCAUCUUGGGAUCAGUCGCCCUGCGGAUCGUCAUGGGCAGCUGGUGGCUCUUCACCCUUAUCGUGUGUUCAUCCUACACAGCAAACCUGGCCGCCUACCUCACUGUGUCACGUAUGGACAACGCUGUCAGGUCGUUCCAGGAUCUCUCGAAGCAGUCUGACCUGGUUUACGGAACAGUCAGGGAGUCUGCAGUGUUCGAGUAUUUCCGAGCCAAAGGCACCAACCCUCUGGAGCAGGACAACACAUUCGCUGAGCUCUGGAAGACAAUCAACAAAAAUGAUGGCUUUGUGAACUCUGUCUCCAGCCCAGCAGAGGGAAUCAAGAAGGUGAAGCGAGAGUUGUAUGCCUUUUUGUGGGACAUGGCGGUGGUAGAGUAUGCCGCUCUGACAGACGACGACUGCACACUAACCGUGGCAGGAAACAGCCUCAGCACCAGAGGCUACGGCAUGGCCCUACAGCAUGGCAGUCCUUACAGGGACCUCUUCUCCCAGAAGAUAUUAGAGCUUCAGGAAAAAGGCGACCUCGACAUCCUCAAACAGAAAUGGUGGCCAAAGAUUGGCCGCUGUGACCUUCAGAGCCACGCCGAUGCUCAGCCAGAGGGACGGGCGCUAAGACUCCACAGCUUUGCUGGCGUCUUCUGCAUCCUGGCUGCGGGGCUGCUGUUGGCCCUGCUUGUGGCUGCGCUGGAGACCUGGUGGAACAGCAACCACUGCCGGAGAAAGCAGCCCAAAGAGGACAAAGAGGUGAACUUGGAGCAAGUCCACCAGCGUUUGAACAGCCUCCUGGACGAGGACUUGGCCCACAAGCAGCUGCCAGGCCAGUCUAUCGAGAUCUCUGCCCUGGACAUUGGCAGCAUGCAACCCAGUCAGUCUCUGGAGGCCUUGUCUGCUCGGGACUACCCAGGCCAUCGGGGGCCGCCACGGCUCUCUGUGAGCACCUUCCUCCAGGAGGGUCACGGUGCAGGAAGGACACUGGGUGCGGCCGCUGGCAGGACCUUGCCCCUGCCCCUCAGCAGUGCCACCAUGCCCUCUAUCCGCUGCAAACACAGGGCGCCCAAUGGGGGGCUCUUCCGGCAGAGUCCAGUCAAGACACCCAUGCCAAUGUCCUACCAACCAGUGCCAGGAGGACCCAUCCCAGAAGCCAGUGAGCCUAGCCACGGGACAUCCAUCUGAGCAUGGCGAACAUUCACGGACACUCAAGCUCAAACAGAAUAGCGUGGAGCUGAACGGAGUGCUAACAAAGUGAAGAGAUAUAAAUAAAACACU